CAAUUCUUUAAGAUCAUCUGAAGCAAUCUUUAGAUCUUUAUAGAAAUGAAGAUUUUUGUUUCUCUUCUCUUUUGCAUAGCUAGUGCAUUGGCCUUCAAGGGAAAGUACACAGAAUGGCCAGUGUCUCUUGACAUGUCUUGUGAACCGUCUUCCUCUGAUGUUGAUUGCACCUUUGAUUUCGUCAAUGUUGCUGGUGAAGAUUAUUAUCUUCUCAUGCGUAACACUCCUCUUGAGGGACUCCUCUCUCCAUUCAUUGCUGUCUAUCACAAAGGACGUAGGCUGGAAUACGAAGGAAAGCUCAUUCAUCGUCGCCCUCCAACAAAGGACGAGUAUAUCCUCCUCAAGGCAGGUGAAAAGGUUUCUGCAACAGUUCACAUCAAUGAUGUGUUCACUUUAAUCCAUGAUGGUGGGUACACUAUAGAGUACAUCAAACCACUGAUGGUACUCCAAGAAGAGAUUAAAAUGCCAACAGAAGUAAAGAUUAACAGUGCUACUUACAUAUACUUGGAUAACGCUCGUAAAGUCUCCCUUCCACGUAAAGAAGUUGGACUUCGUUCUAAAGGUUCUGUCACUAUUGAGUCCUGCACUACUGCUAAUGGUUUCAUUGCAAGACGGUUCCCAUCGCAAUCAUCUAAGCUAGGCUCCAUAUUGGAUCCUCUAGCUGACAAGUGUCUUAUAUCAGUAUUAUAUAUAUCACUAACAAUCGUGAAUCUUAUACCUCUCCCUCUCACUUUUCUUAUUAUAUCACGAGAUUUAAUGCUAGUUGGUGGGUCGUUCUACCUACGUUAUGUCACUCUACCUCCUCCUAGGACAUGGAGGAGAUACUGGGACGUUGAGAGAUCCGGUCUACAAAUAACACCUAACCUUCUAGGCAAGGCUAACACUGCCCUCCAGUUAAUGUUGGUUGGUAUUACUAUGCUGUCACCUUUGCUAGACUGCAUUGAUCAACAGCUCUUGAAAUUAUUAUGGUUUACUGUAGGUACUACAACAAUUGCGUCAGGAAUGAGUUACUGUGUGCAAUUAAAAGGAUUUCAAAUCAUCAAAAAAAGACAUUUAAAAUAAUCACUCACUCUCAUCCUACAUGUAUCUAUAGUAUCAAUUCCAAUAAUUCAAUUUCUACAUCAAUC